CGGAAUGGCCGGAGCCCCCCCACGGGGGUGUCACAGAGAUUUAUAUUUUCCCCUGACAGAGACUCAAGACAGCUAACAUAUUAAAUAGCCCACACCCCAAAGACACCGCCUCCACCGCGAGCUACACUAGCCAGGGAGAUCCAUCCACCAACAGUAUCGGACAUAGUCGACACCAACACCGCCGCCUCCUCGGGAGCAAGACUACUCCCUCCGACCCUCCCGCACAGCCCAACAGACCCCGACAACAGCCCGUCCGCCUCCUCGGGAGCAAGACCCCUUCCCUGACGGUAUCACACCACCCGACAGCCCCGACACCACCUCGAUCGCCACCUCGGGAACAAUACCACGUCCUCGGGAUCAAGACCCCUCCCUCAGACACUGCCCCACCACCCGACAGCCCCGACACCACCGCGUCCCCCUCCUCGGAAACAAGCCCACUCUCUCAGACACUGCAUCACCCCCCGACACAACCCUCACUACUGCCCCAAACUCCCGACCCUCACGAACCCAUCCCGGUCCAUAUCCCACUACCCUGCCUGAGAACAGAACUGUCCACUCCCCGGAUCGUUCAACAGACUGCGACUCCGCUGUAAAUCUGGACCACACACGGACUUACACCUUUGAAGAGACCCCACCACCACCCAAGACCCCCGACGGAAAUGGACCCAGGCCUCUGUCUACCGCUCCCCUCCGACCCACAUCAGGCCCAUCCACGGACCAAACACCCUCCUCAUCCCUCCCCAACCCCUACCCCAGACCACAACUCUCCACAAACCCACCUCAAACCUCUUCCCUCCCCACCACCCACCAAUACCAGGACCCCCCAUAACUCCUACCCUCUCCUCACCCCUCCCCUCCACCCCCCCAAAACCCCACACCACCCAGAGACAAAACACCCUCCACAUCCCUCGCCACCCCCCACCCCAGACCACAACCCUCCACAAACCCAUCACACACCUCAUCCGUCGUCCCCCCCCCCACACACUACCAGGACCAGGAACCCCUGCCCUCUCAUCGACCCUCCCCUCCACCCCCCAAAAACCCACACCACCCAAAGACCCAGACCACCCCAAGGGUGGGGACCAAGGUGUGGAGAUACAGGGGGGAGCCCCAACAAUCCCUGGAGACAACAGAGGGGGGACUAUCCUACCCUCCUCCGCUGGGAUAUCUGACCCCUCACUGGACCACAUCAACGCGUGCCCGGACCACCUAGUUUUAAAUAAAAGGAAAUCUUCUAAUCUGGCGAACCAGAGCAGCACACGGAAACGUUGUUUACCUUCCCGCUGUAGCGGAACUUAUUUAUCUACUUGCACUUUGAUGUGCUUUCGAACUGCUAGGUUGGCAGGAGCAGGGACCGAUCAACGGGAGCUCACCCCGCCGCGGGGAUUUGAAUCACCGACCUUCUGAUCGGCAAGCCCUAGGCUCUGUGGUUUAACUGAAAUAAAUGCUAAAACUCAGUCCCACUGAGUUCUGAAUCCAAUUGUAGGUGUUUUCACAUGUCAUGCUCAAAAUCUACAUUGGUUAAUUUGCUUUCUAAAAUUACUGUAAGAUGCAGUGUGCAUUCCCUUUGUCUUCUGAAUUCUACAGUUAUAAAGGCAAAUUAAGGCUCAUGUCAUGUGCAAAAACACUACAGUGGUCCCUUGGUUCUCAAACUUAAUCCGUUCCAGAAGUCCGUUCCAAAACCAAGGCGUGCUUUCCCAUAGAAAGUAAUGCAAAAUGGAUUAAUCCAUCCCAGACUUGUAAAAACAACCCUAAAACAGCAAUUUAACAUGAAUUUUACUAUCUAACGAGACCAUUGAUUCAUAAAAUGAAAGCAGUAAACAAUGUACUGCAGUCACAAAAUCAAUCGGUAGCUUAACUGGGUUCCACACAGUCACAAAAACAAAAAAGCUGCAAAAAAGCUGCAAAAACUAAACGCAAAAUAAAUAGCAAAAACAGACAGACCUCAGCAUAACACUCAAAAUGGAAAUGUGGCACUCAAAUUGAUGGUGUAAUACUCAAAAUGGAGCAUGUUCGCUUCCAGAAAAAGUUCACAAACCAAGGCAUUUGAGAACCAAGGUACCACUGUAUUCUAUGCACAGCGUGAAGUUCUAUAUUUGCUCCUGUAUUGCCAGAUGGAAACAGCUAGCUCGAGAUAAUCUGCUGGGGCCUCUUUUACUGUUUGAUUUUAUUCAGUUUGUAACAAUUAAUUAAUGAAUCAAAAGGUAUGCAUUAUUUUCUCUGUACAGGCAAGGACAAAUUUAGGUGCGUCCGAAUGAAACGCAAUCAUGCACAUGCGCAUAGCACUGAACUCGGAAAUAACCCCAAAAUGUCGUAAAGAUGACAUGAAAACGGGCAGAAUGGACUUAGGCUCUGCUGACGCAGGUGGGGGUCUAGAACAGAAACUCCACACAAAACAAGUGUUUUCUGUAUUGUACAGUGACUUCAUGUGAAAGGAAAUUUGAAGGAAGAGGGAGAUCUGGCAAAGUGAAAAAUCUGAUGGCUCUAAUGCACAGAAUCAUAGAAUUGUGGAGUUGGAAAGGACCAUGGGGGUCAUCUAGUCCAACCCUUUGCAGUGCAGGAAUCUUAUGUCCAACGUUGGGCUCGAACCCAUGACCCUUGAGAUAAAGAGUCUCAUGCUUUUCUGACUGAGCUAUCUCAAUAUUCAUUGUCUGUUUGGGCUUUCCUUGAGGCUUUCCUAGAUUAAGGUACUUUUAAGUGAUGGUUGUUGGGAAAUGCUUGGUUUGACACCCUCACUUGAUUUGAUAGAAUCAAGAACAGCCUCACCCAGUUGAAUUUUUAUUUUUUGUUUCUCUCAGAUGACCAAACUUCAUAUGAACCAGGUUAGUGCCUGAGUUUGUUUAGGUCACAGACAAUGCAAACAGCUACAAAGUUACCUGAGCUUAAGAAAGUUAUUCAUAGGAGCAUGUUAGCAACGCACAGGGCUGGGCUUAGUGACUUUGUAUGGGGAAAGCCAUCUUAGUAACCACAAUGUGCACACUGCAAGAGACUCUCUGUAUUUGAAAGGAUUCUGUUUUCCGUUGUAAUUUCUGACUGAAAUGAUCACAGAGACUUUAUGGAAAAUUUCAACCAAGAGCCUGGCGGAAGAAAGAAGCAACAUGCAUUAAAAAAACAAACUACUCUCCUUUGUGAUUUGAAGAGCCUGUUGCCCUGAAAUUUUGUCAGGAUGACAGACUCAGAUGUGGCUGAUCACAUGACUCGACUCAAACUCAAACUUCUUGAGAAGAAACUAGAAAAUGAACGUGAAAACAUUGAUGAUUUGGAAUCUUCCUUUUCUGCAGCAAGGAAUUAUGGCAGCCAUGGCUACGCAUUGCAAAAUGCAUUGAGACGAAGAAAGGAUCUUCUGCAGCAGCUCAGGGAGCAAAAUGUUCUGGAAGAAUUGUCAUUACCAUGUGGCUUGCCAAGACUCCAAAGGAAGCACUUCAGACCAGAACCAGAACAUUUCUACCAAAUUCCUCUUCCUCCUCCUCCUCCACCUGAACAGCCAAGGAUUAUCCAGCAGACAUUACCUCAGCAGCCAGCAACCAUCAUUCAGCAAAUUCCUCAGCAUCCACCGCUCAUUACCCAGAUUCCAUCUCCACAGCCUUGCCCAGGCCCUCGCUCUGGCAGUAUUAAGGAAGAUAUGGUGGAAAUGAUGCUAAUGCAAAAUGCACAGAUGCAUCAGAUCAUUAUGCAGAACAUGAUGUUGAAAUCUCUGCCACCACCUGCUUAUUCACCAGCUGGUGGGCCUGGAGCUCCUGUGCUUCACCAUGGACAACAGUUCACUGCUCCGCUUCUAGUAAGAACAGAGAAGUCACGACCCCCAACAGUGCACCAUCACCACUACACACCUUCAGGGAUGCCAGCCAUCCCAUCUCAACUUGGCUUUUCCAUGGGCCCUUCCGUGAUGCAACCUGGCCUUGGCACACCACUGGGCGGAUUCCCAUCUGAUUUACAUCAUCUGCCCAUCCCAACAUCUGCAUCGUAUGUUGUACCUACCAAUGGACUGCUUGGAUUGCCCCCGGGUUUGUAGACUUCUACAGUGCCUGACUAGCAAAGCAUGAAAUGAGAUUAAGAGUGCGGUGAACCCCUCCUUGGAAGGCAAGCAGACAGCAAUCUUGAGACCUGAAAUAAGGAAGGAAUGCAGUAAAUGAAGAUUACAUUGGGCAUGGGCAAUGUUGGCUUAAGGGAAGAGUUGUAUCCAUUUACAGUUUGCUUCAAUAAAGUUUUAGAAUCUUU